AUGGAUCCCGAGAACCGCGUCAUCCUGAACGUCGGCGGCAUCCGUCACGAAACAUACAAGCAUGUGCUGAAGAAGAUCCCUGCCACCAGGCUGUCCCGUCUGACGAAGGCUUUGGCCAAUUAUGAUCCGGUGUUGAACGAGUAUUUCUUUGACCGCCAUCCGGGGGUGUUCGCGCAGAUUCUCAACUACUACCGUACCGGUAAGCACAAGUUAAGAGUGUACAUUUCACAUGAACCAGCCACGAAACACAAUUCCGCGCAGGUUCAUUUAUGUGUGAAAUCGUUUCUGCGUCCUUCGUGA